AUGACUACCGAAGAAGAUCUGUCGGAGAGCCGCAUCGCAGACAUCGUUCGCGCUCUGGAGCUCAUCCACAAUCCGUCAUCCACCAAUGAGCUCAGAAGGGAGGCGUUGACGUUUGUUGAGUCGCAAAAGGAAAGCAAAUCCGCUGCGCGCAACGGCUUUGUGCUGGCAUCCCGGGAACAAAACGAUCCCUUAGUCCGCUAUUUUGGUCUGACUCUCUUGGACCAUGUCUUGCGGCACACCUCCUUCACGGGUUCCGCGCAAGUGGUCGAGCUGAGGGAGCUGGUCCUCAAGCUUGCAGAGUCCAUCCGACCUGAGGAUCCUGCAUAUCUCCGCAACAAAAUCCCGCAACUAUGGGCGGAGAUCGCGAAAAGGAGCUGGGGCUUGGACUGGAUUGAAAUGGAUCAGGCGCUUGCCCAAUUUUGGGGAGCUAGUCUGGUGCACAAAGAGUUGGUUCUCUCCAUUCUAGAAACUCUAUCGGAGGACAUCUUCUACCGGGAAGAUACCGUUUCCUCGUUGCGAGGAACAGACCUCAACCGAGCUCUGGUUGAGAUUUUUACGCCGCUGUCGGUUUUUGAAGAGGUGUAUCCGAAAAGGGAUAACCACGUCGCGCUACGGUACGGCUCUGACGGCUGGCUGCCACGAAUCUGCGAGUUCCUCCAAUAUUGUGUUGAGAACCUGCAAAAUUCAAAACAAGCGAAAGAUGCAGCGCUCAAAGCACUUGCAGCUCUGAAGUCUGUUCUGUUAUGGGCCAUUCCUAAGGCCAUUAUUUCCUCAAACUGUGUCCCUGCUAUUGCUAGAGCUUUCACAUGUUCAGAUGAGCAGGUAUUAUUGGCUGCCGUCGAAGCCUUGCACUCGUUGUAUAGCAGAUCCAACAUGGAUAUGGAGAGUUUCCAACCUCUUGUACAUCUGAUGUACGAGACCGAGUCUCUAGACAUUAUGCAGAAAUUAUACCAAUGGUCAAUCGUGGGACCUGACGACAUUGACGAUACCCGAUACAUGAUCUCAAAGAAGCUGUCCGAAAUGCUGUCGUACAUCGCAGGGUUCUUGGAGGAGAAGGGGUUUUCUCUAGAGAGCGCUCAUGGCAUGAAUUUGCCUUUCUUCUUUCACUUGACAAUAAGUGUUAUUCAGCAUCAGAGUUUGAUGGUCUCGAUCCCCGUCCUCCACGUGUGGUCCAAACUGUUAGCUUCUGAAAGAAUAGGAAACACUGAUCUGGUUACCGGCUUGAUUCCUUCGCUACUAGAGAUCUGCACUCAACGGCUGGUCCGUUGGGAGGCCCUACCAACGGAUUCUGAUGAUCCCACAGUAGCAUUUUUAAAUGACGAUAUCGACACUGUCCCGGAAAGACAUGCUUUUGUGGGCAAUUACCGCAGAUACUGCUCGUCAAUUAUCGAAACGAUCGUCCAGAAGCGGCCACAGGAAGCCAUCCCCCAUAUCCUGUCAGGCGUUGAUACUAAUUUGAACAACCUCUACAAUGGAGUUGAGCCUUUCAACGGUGUGUUUGGCUCUGGGAACAGUGAAAAUUCCGCGCUAACGUUCAAAACAGCAAAAUCUUUCUCAAAGAGCUCAAUUCCCCUGAUGCGCGCCGAUACACAGUUUGCCGUCGUAGAAGCAACUCUUAAGGGGUAUAACAAAUGGGUGUCCGCCCACGGCAAAAUGCCCCAGCAAGAUGUCAGUACUAUCAGCUUCACCACAUGGCAUCCCACUGAUAAGCAACAGGAGCAAAAACGCAGUGAUCUGGAGGGUAUCCUGGAGAAAUGGGCUUUCUCAUUAAUGCAGCGGAGCUUCGAGGACCCGAUUCUCAAGCAGAGAGUCAUCAAACUUAUUGUUGAUAUCUCAUCAAAGGCCCUCGACAAGACCCCUAGCUUUGCGCUUAAAGUCCUCGAAUAUAUUCUCAUGACCCGACUUCCUGAUCAGCCCGAGUUUCCUGCCUACUCUGAGGCCGUGAAAGAACUGCAUGGCUUAUCCAGCCAUGAGCUCAGGCGCCUCGCAAUGCGCUAUUCGGAGUAUUUCGCCACUUUCUACGACGUACUGGAACCGAAAGUCAAGGAGAUCAGCCUCGCCAAUCGGGUAGAUGACAAACUCCAAAUGGAGCUUACCUCCAUUCUUCUUAUAAUCAUGCAACGCGCGAAUAACGUGGAACCGUUUCUACGCCAGUCCCGCUUGGCAUCGUUUAUAGAGCCUAUAAGGCAGGCUUGGCAAGACGAAGAGUUCCGGCAGAUGAGCUCCUCUUUUGAAGGAUUUUGCUCCAUGCUUGGACUACAGAGCGUUGGACCGUUCAUGCAAGCUCAACAGGCCCAGAAGUUGGAGGACUGGGCGUCCGUACCUCUUGACAGUGAGGGUAAGCGGAUCCAGGAAGAGAUGACUAGAAAGUUCCAGCAACUGCCCUUGAGAGGCACGAAGACGAUGCUAGCUGUCUCCACGGAUAAGCUCAAAAAGAAUGAGCCAGCAUACGAGCUGGCGUGCAAUGUCUGGCAUGAGACUAUUCCAAUUAUAUUGCCGACAUUGCUAGAGCUUGUCAGCAAUGCACAUGCCUUUCACAAUCCGGCCAACUGGGGCGGUCUGCCUAGUGAAAUGCAGACUGUCGUUGAGCGCAUCCUAACCGACAGAUUCUGGCAAGCAGGCAUAUCUACUGGUAGCCGGGAUGAGUUUUACGCUAAAAUAACCGCAUCACGGGCAUCGCUUGAAGGCUUUGCAUCCUCAGUCAGAGGUAAGAUCAGGGCAGUUAGAGAAUCCUGCUACUCGAUGCUGUAUAGCAUGAGUAGACUACGAGAGCACUUCUACGGGUUUGCGGAACUUCCAGGGCCUUUGUCCCAAGCCCUAUUCAAGGACUCAUCCUGCCUUUCUUCACACCAGUUCUCUGUGCUUCUCAAUAUUGCGAGAUGCUUAAUUGACGAUUGUCCCGUUCGCUUCCGUGGUCACUUCUUACCUCCGAUGCUGGCAACCUUAUUCACCAACAUCGAUAAGAAGGUUACAUCAGAAUGGGCUAUAAUCGAACAACAGAGGGAAGGUCUUGCUGAUGCAGAUCUGACUGAUGAAAUGAAAUCUGAAAGUAUCCUUCGACAGCUGACAUAUUCUGCGGUAAUCAUGGUGGCGAGCCUUCUGGACCCACAGAGAGGAGACCCUGAUGAGGAACCUGCGGACCCAAGCGCACCACAUCCCCAACCUGCGCUCUCCGACUCCAUACGUCAUUUCGUCCUCUCCUCCCCGGAGAUCUUUGAGCCUUUGAUGCUCUUCUGUACCCAUGCGCUUCGUAUGCGUGAUACCCGAUGCUGCAGCAUCAUUACACGCGUUAUCCGGUCCAUUCUACAGGACUUCGCCCCUCCCAAUAACUCUCCAACAACAGUCCAAAUCCGUGAAUUCAUAUGCUCGGAGGUUCUUAAAGCAUGCAUUACGUCCGUUCAUGAGCCCUACUUCGUCGACAUGCAAAAGGACCUUGCCCAGCUUAUCUCCUCAAUUUGGGUUCUCUAUGGAUCGAGCACGCCCACACCACGCUCUGUGAUUCUCAGCCUGCCUGGCAUGGAUGAGCAGAGGGUAGCAAUGACAGAAGCUUCCCUAGUUAGAUCUACCGCUGCGCGCCAACAGCGAGCUCUCAUUCUAGAUCUUUUAGAAGGUCUGAGAGGCGUCAGCAUCGCCGAGCAAGGAAAGAUUCUGGGCUCGCGAGAAGAACGCCGCAAGGCCCGCAGCGCUCUACAGGAGAGAUACAUGACCGCCGAGAUGGAAGGCCAGCAAAACAACAAGGUUGAUAUUAAUGACGGACCGGACCUGACCGGUGUGGCGGAUAUGUUUGGUUAG